GAUGUCGAACCCGCAUAAGAAGAUAAGCAGUUUGACAGACAAGAAUGCCGCUCUGAAUAUUGUGCUCCUGAUGUCUGGCUUCUUUCUCCUUUCAUUUCUUCCCGUGUCCAUGGCAGACAACUGUGGAUGGCCAACAGAACCCCAGAUCCUCAUGUUGGAUGUGUUUUUUCAGAGCCCAACCAUCUCCAGUCUGAACAUGAGUAACAUGGAGUCCUGCACGACAACAUUUGUGUCUCAGUUCGAUGCUGGGUUCCUCGAUUACAAACAGGCAGGUGUGAUAUUGGUAACAGACAGAUUUAACCUGUCGAGGUCUGGGUCCUGCAGUGCUGAUACGGAACGUCUGGUGAUCUCAGAUCUGAAACACCCUGAAGGCGAGUCUUCUCUUUUUUCUUAA